GGCAGCUCCUGGAGGGCAUGAGGCCAGCCUGCUGGCCUGGUGCUGCCUCUGGGACAGACAGGGGGCACCUGCGGCUGAGCCUGCCCACUUCCUCCUCUUCCUCUGCUUCUGGCUUUGACACACCCUCUGCAGGCUUACUUGGGCUGGUCCUUGUGAUGAGGAAGAUCAGGACGUGGAAAGGUUGGCACAAUAAGGUCAGUGCCCACCCAGGUGGAAAAGCAACCCGACCCUGGGUCCCUGUGCUUCUUCUCAUGCCAUUUAGUCUUGGCCCUGCCCUGCGGCCCUCACCCUCCUCUCCUGAUUUCAGAGCCAUCUGGACACCUCGCUGGCUUUGCAGACCCUGCAGGCUGUGGCCCAGCCCUCCUCUAACUCUUCCUCUUCAGGAACCUGGAGCUCCAGCCCCGGAAGGGGCCAAUAUGACACUGCAGUGCACCAAGUCCGCAGGACACUGGAGGGUGGUGGUCUGGGAUGAAGAGGGCUUCCAGGGUCGGCGGCACGAGUUCACGGCUGAGUGCCCCAGCGUGCUGGAGCUGGGAUUCGAGACCGUGAGAUCUCUGAAAGUGCUGAGUGGAGCGUGGGUGGGCUUCGAGCAUGCUGGCUUCCAAGGGCAGCAGUACGUGCUGGAGCGGGGUGAUUACCCGUGCUGGGACGCCUGGAGUGGGAACACGGCCUACCCCACCGAGCGCCUCACCUCUUUCCGGCCCGUGGCCUGUGCGAACCACCGUGACUCCAGACUGACCAUCUUUGAGCAGGAGAACUUUCUGGGCAGGAAAGGAGAGCUGAGUGACGACUACCCCUCCCUGCAGGCCAUGGGCUGGGACAGCAAUGAAGUGGGCUCCUUCCACGUCCACUCUGGGGCGUGGGUGUGCUCCCAGUUUCCUGGCUACCGAGGUUUUCAGUAUGUGCUGGAGAGUGAUCACCACUCAGGAGACUACAAGCACUUCCGGGAGUGGGGUUCUCAUGCCCAGACCUUCCUGGUGCAGAGCGUGCGCAGAAUCCAGCAGUGAGCCUGCCUGGUGGAAGAGCUCAGGCACGCAUGUUCCUGCCCGUGUAGCUCUGGCAGUUGCCACAUGUUCUGUUCUUUUGCCACCCUCGUGCCCCCUCAGAGCCCAGCCCCUGUGUCAGCCUGCCCGAGCGCAGUCAGCACAAACAACUCGAUGAUGAUGAUAAUAAU